AUGGCCGUCCUCUCGAAACCCUUCUUCAAGCAGCGCCUUACCACUAGCUCUGCAAAAUCCAUCGUCAACGAUCUUACCAGCCUCUACCUUCAAAACCGCACUAAAAUAUCCCGUGCCGUCUACCUCACGCUCUUCGUCACCCUUCUGAAUCGCAUACGCCAUGCCAUUGCCUCGCAAAAAGAAGCCGCCUCGAUCCGCCGUGCCUCCAAGGCUUCGGUGUCGAAGAAGUCAUCCGGUGAAGGCGAAGCCACGGGUCACAAGAAGGUCGAGCUGAAUCGCGAGUUCUUCAAGAACCUCCUGCGGCUGCUAAGGAUAUGUAUACCGGGGUGGAAGAGCAAGGAGUUUAGAUUGGUCAUUGGGCACACCAUCUUCCUGGUGCUGAGGACGAUGAUAAGUUUGUAUGUUGCAGAGCUCGAUGGCAGGCUCGUCAGUGCGCUUGUUAGGGGGCGCGGGAGAGAGUUCAUGGUGGGCUUGGUAUGGUGGAUGGGCGUUGCUAUUCCAGCGACGUUUACGAAUAGUAUGCUCUCCUACCACCAGUGCAAGCUGUCGUUGCAGUAUCGAACGCGCCUUACAAACUACAUACAUUCAAAGUAUCUCUCGCAAAUGACCUUCUACACCCUUUCCGCCCUCGACGACCGCAUUUCGAACGCCGACCAGUUGAUCACUGUCGACGUUGCCAAAUUCUCAAACUCUCUCGCGGAGCUAUACUCCAAUCUCGCCAAGCCAGUCCUCGAUAUGAUCAUCUACAGCUACAGCCUUUCAAGAAGUGUCGGUGGAGAAGGCCUGUUCUUCAUGUCAUUACUGGUACAACUAUCUGCCAAUGUGAUGAGGGCCUUGACGCCUCCCUUUGGGAAGUACGUUGCGGAUGAGGCGAGACUGGAGGGCGAGUUCCGAUUUCAGCACAAUCGAUUGAUCGAUUGGAGUGAAGAGGUCGCGCUUUAUGCCGGUCACGAGGCGGAGAAGGACACACUGGACAAGGGAUACUUCACACUGAUUAAGCACGUAAACAGGAUAUUACGGAAACGCUUCUAUCACGGUAUCAUGGAAGACUUUGUAAUAAAGUACUUCUGGGGUGCGCUCGGCUUGAUGCUCUGCAGCGUACCGGUGUUCUUCAAGGUGCCUGGGACAGGUGGCAAGACCAUGGGGGACAGAACAGAAAGCUUUGUCACGAACCGCCGCAUGCUCCUCAUGUCUUCUGACGCGUUCGGUCGCGUCAUGUUCUCGUACAAGGAAAUCACCGAGCUCGCUGGCUACACGUCGCGAGUCUCCACUCUCCUCGAGGUAAUCGACGACAUUCAAGCCGGCCACUUUGAGAAGAAACUCGUUUCGUCUGCGGACAUUGAAGAAAACGCAGCGGUGCUACGAGGACGAGGCAGCGUGACAGAAGGCCCAGACAUUGAAUUCGUCGACGUACCCAUCGUCUCGCCCAACGGCGACGUCCUCGUCCGCGCCCUCUCCUUCUCCGUCAAGCCCGGCGACCACCUCCUCAUCGUCGGCCCCAACGGCUGCGGUAAAUCCAGCCUCUUCCGCAUCCUCGGCGGCCUCUGGCCCGUCUAUGGCGGCACAGUGCGCAAACCGCCGUUUGACGACAUCUUCUACAUACCGCAGCGGCCCUACCUCUCCCGGGGCACCCUCCGCCAGCAAAUCAUCUACCCGGACAACCUGCGCGAAAUGCACGACAAGAACGUCACAGACGCCCAACUCCUACAGAUUCUCGACUCGCUCGACAUUGCCGCCCUCGUCGACCGCCCCAACGGCUUCGACGCCGAACAAGCGUGGGAAGACGUCUUGUCCGGCGGUCUGCAGCAGCGUGUGGCCAUGGCCCGGCUGUUUUAUCACCGCCCACGCUACGCCAUUCUGGAUGAGUGCACGAGCUCGGUCACGCUCGAGGUUGAGCGGGUCAUGUAUGAGGGCGCCAAGCGGUUGGGGAUUACCCUGAUGACGGUUAGUCAUCGUCGUAGUUUGUGGAAGUAUCAUACGCGCAUCUUGCAGUUUGAUGGACAAGGUGGGUUUUAUUUUGGGCGGUUGGAUGCGGAGAGGAGGGCUGUGCUUGAGGAUGAGAAGGAGGAUAUCGAAUUGCAAUUGCGAGCGGUACCGGACAUUGAGCAGAGGAUUAGAGAGUUGACGAGUGAUUAG